AUGGGCCAGUACUCCCUCCCUUUCUACCGCUGCACUAGCGUCACUAAGAAUGAUAACAAAGUCGCCGGUCUUCCGUACUGCUACAGUAAUGCGAUUCUCGAAGAGCAGUGCUGCAACGCGUGUACCGACAACAACACGUGCUCGUACUGGCAGCACUUCAAGCCCGCCGCCACCGCGUGCGAGGGCUGCGGUAUCUGCAUUCUCUACCCUCCGGGCUACUCGCCGGGCUGCGUGUCGACGCCGAUCACGCUGUCGCUGGCGGACGGCACGGAGUACACGCGCUACCUCUCCAACAUCAGCGUCGUCGGCCAUCCUUGCGGCGAGGGCCAGAACGACCCCCACUUCCGCGGCGCGCACGGCACGCGCUUCGAGUUCAACGGUCUUCCCGAGCAGUCGUUCUGCCUGCUGACGGACCGCAACCUGCACGUCAACAUGAAGAUGCGCGGCUACUACGACACGCGCACCACCGGCGCGUCUAUUCUCAAGAACGGCAAGGCGGUGCGCACGUGGAUCCGCGAACUGGGCUUCCUGUGGACCGACUCCGCCGGCAAGAAGCACUCGUUCCGCCUGCUGGCUCGCGACGGCAAGAAGACGGCGCGCGGAAAGGGCUUCCUGAAGGAGAUCGAGUACGACGGCCACGUGCUGCCGCUGCUGAAGCUCGGCGAGAAGUACUCGCUCAAGGGCGGACUGACGUUCGCCUUCGAGGCGUACGAGAAGGCCGGGCGCGGCUUUUUCGAUGUGGACGCCUACCACCUGGAGAUCGAGGGGCUUCUUAAGAUGGGCGUCAAGCUCCGCGUCGCGCACCCGCUGCUGCAGACCAAGGACGACGCCGAGGCGCAUUUGAACGUGCACUUCGAGCACAUCUACAGGACGGACGACAUCCACGGCAUCAUGGGGCAGACGUACCGCGACGGCCGCGAGAAGCGCGCGCUCGACUACAACACGCUCUCGCAGGUGAUUGGCCGCCCAAUUGCUGCCGACGGGCCGAGCGGUGCGGGUUUCCUGGACGGCGACGUGAAGGACUAUCGCACGUCCGGCGUGCUGUCGCCCGACUGCCUGUACACGGCGUAUGACGGACACGACCUGCCGACGAUUGCGGCGUACAAGGGCAUUCAAAUGGCUUGA